GUUGUUGUCUGGAAUACCUGCCGACGACACACGCUAACGCAUCCGUAGCCGUCGCGAAUGGUCAUAGGCUGCAGCCGCCGUGUAUUGCAUACCGCCGAUGCACGCGUACACCAGUUUGGACAGCGACUGAAACGCAUCGAACCGGCGACUGGACUUUGACGAAUCGUCAUCAUGAAGUGCCGCGCACGACCGUCUUCCGCCUCGUUUCGGUGGUACAUCGUGUUGCAGUCGACCGCGGUCUUUGCCGCUGCCGUCGCCACCGAUGCAACCGCCACCACCGAUGCAGCCACCGCUGACGCGAUAACUGCACUCGUUGGCGAUCCCGUGCGCGAUGCACGUUGUUUCGCUAAGUGUUACCGCCACGUCUCCGCCGAACAGCCCAAAUGUUAUAGCGGCUGUCUGAACAAACGAUGGAUUAAUAAGCCGGGCAAGUGUCCGGUCGGCGACCUUGACAGCGUCGCCUCGCUGGACCGACCGUGUUUGGAGCAAUGCAGUUCCGACGACUUUUGUCAUGCCGAGUACAAGUGCUGCCGGCACAGUUGCGGAAUAACAUGCCAGCCACCCGUCGGCUUAGCUGACCACCGACCGGGUUUACCAAACGUGCCAAAAAUCGUCGCAGUGUCGGAUUACGGUAAGGCGCUGGCGGUCGAAUGGUCUGCGCCGUCUAUGGACACAUCCAUAGGUCACGUUACGUAUUUGGUCCAGGAACGACACCACGUGGGCGUCGAGUAUGUACCGGAGCGUAUGACCACAUGGGCAAUAGUGGCCAGGACCGACAGGACACGGGAACAGUUCAGGCAGCUGCACUUACCAGGACGAUGGUUCCAGUUCCGCGUAGCCGCCAUCAACGAGAACGGUACCAGCGGUUACUCACCGCCUUCCGAGCAGUUUUUUGUCGAUAUCGGACCGAACGUCGAUCCACCUGGACCGCCACAGGACUUAAUGGUGUCGUCGUUAAAAUGGACCAAUAAGGAGUACCAGCAGUGUGUGUUGUCGUGGAAGCCACCCACCAAGUCCGUUCUACCCGUGCGAAAAUAUAAAGUGUUCAUCAGCGUACACGACGGACCGCACGUUUACCACAAACGGAAUGUGGUCCCGGCAGAUAUUUUGAGGUUUACAAUCAAAAAGCUGAACUCAAAUUCCGAAUAUUUUCUUCAAGUGCAAGCCAUUAGCGAAUUCGGAAGAAAAAGAUUCGCAGGUCAAAAGGCUUCAACAACCCUGAAAACCAAAGGAAAAAAAAUAUUAAAUCCUAAACAAAUCGCAGGACUUAAAAUUGUUGUAAUUGGAAAUCCUGACAAACGUAAUUUAAUUAAUGCUAGACUAUCAUGGAGACCAGUUACUAUGACAUUAAAGAAAUUUCACUACACAUUAUCAUGGUCUUCAAAAGAUUGCAAAGACGAGAGUAAGCCAUUAAGAGUAAGAACUCCGGUGCCGUACUUUGAUUUAUUUUCAUUAAAACCACAAUGCGAGUAUUUAAUUAUAGUUUCAACUACAUUUAAUGGAUCCAAAUACGUGGGUUCAUUAAAUUUUACACCUACUGUAUUGAAGCUUUGAAAAUUGAAAUAUUUAUA